AUGUCACAUUUGACAUUGACAUUUUGGCGCUAUAAAUUGUUUUGAUAUUUUAGAGGAAGUUUUGUUCGUUUUCUUACAAAUUUCGUAAUUUUUUAAAACCCAACAGUAAGUAGAAAUAUGGCAGAGAAAUUAGAAGAUUUAAAUCUUCCCUUAACUGUUGUAACUCGCAUAGUAAAGGAAGCUUUACCGGAGGGAGCCACAAUAUCCAAAGAAGCUCGCACGGGGUUAGCGAAAGCCGCCUCAGUUUUCGUCUUAUAUGUGACUUCUGCCGCAACAAAUAUUGUUAAAAACAAGAAAAGGAAAGCAUUAACCGGGCAGGAUGUGUUAGACGCCAUGAAAGAUAUAGAAUUCGACAGAUUUGUAGAGCCAUUGGGUGAGGCAUUUGAACAAUACAAAUUGGUAAUUUCCGCGCGAAAAUCUGGUGCCGGCAAAAAGAAAGACGAAGAGGAGAUAGAAACGAUAGAAGACGAUUAGUAUGUUUGUUUAGUGUUUAAUUUGUUUAUAAGUCUAUUGUGAGGUAAAUAAAAAUGAAUUUUAAAUUAA